AUGGUGAUGGUGAUGAUGAUAGUGGUGAUGAUGAUAGUGGUGAUAGUAAUGCUAGUGGUGAUGAUGAUAGUGGUGAUGAUGAUAGUGGUGAUAGUAAUGAUAGUGGUGAUGAUGAUAGUGGUGAUAGUAAUGAUAGUGGUGAUGAUGAUAUUGGUGAUAGUGAUGAUAGUGGUGAUAGUAAUGAUAGUGGUGAUAGCAGUGAUGAUGAUAGUGGUGAUAGUGGUGAUCUUGAUGAUGAUAGUGAUGAUAUUGAUGUUGAUGAUGAUUGUGUUGAUGUUGUUGAUAGUGAUGAUAGUAGUGAUGAUGAUGAUGAUGAUGAUGAUGCUAGUGGUGAUAGUGAUGAUGAUGAUGGUGAUGAGGAUGAUGGUGGUGAUGCUGAUGCUGGUGAUGAUGGUGAUGAUGAUGGUGAUGAAGAUGAUGAAGAUGAUCAUGAUGAUAAUAAUACUGCUGCUGAUGAUAAUGAGUAUAAUGAUGAAGAUGUCUAUCCUAAUCCUAGAGUAUUGUCUGCCUUUAGGUGAGUGUGGUGCUGAUGUCCCUGGGGCCGGGGCUGGGGCUGGGGCUGGGGCAGGGCUCCACAGGCUGGUAGAGUCUCUGUAUGGACUACAGGGAGAGAAGAGCCAGCUGAGGGGAGAACUACGGCUGCUGCACUCCCAACUGGAGCAGAGAGAACAGGACCGACACUCACGAGUACAGGUCUUCCAACAGCAGGUACAGUACAUCACACAUGCAUACGCACACACGAAUGUAAGCACACACACACACAUAUAUGCAUGCAAGCACGGACUCACACACACAUGCACGUACGCAUGCACACACAUCACACACGCACGCACGCACGCACACAGAGAGAGAGAGAGAGAGAGAGAGAGAGAGAGAGAGAGAGAGAGAGAGAGAGAGAGAGAGAGAGAGAGAGAGAGAUUGAGAGAGAGAGAGAGGGAGGGAGAGAGAACGAGAGAGAGAGAAAAAGAGAGAGAGAGAAAAAGAGAGAGAGAGAAAGCUACAUGGAUGCAUACUUACAGACAAACACCCAGCACCCCAUACGGAAAACUAAUAUAUGGCAAUAUACAGUACCAGUCAAAAGUUUGGACACACCUACUCAUUCAAGGGUUUUUCUUUAUUUUUACUGUUUUCUACAUUGUAGAAUAAUAGUGAAGACAUCAAAACUAUGAAAUAACACAUAUGGAAUCAUGUAGUAACUAAAAAAGUGUUAAACAAAUCAAAAUAUAUUUUAUAUUUGAGAUUCUUCAAAUAGCCACCCUUUGACUUGAUGACAGCUUGGCACACUCUUGGCAAUCUCUUAACCAGCUUUAUGAGGUAGUCACCUGGAAUGUAUUUCAAUUAACAGGUGUGCCUUGUUAAAAGUUAAUUUGUGGAAUUUCCUUCCUUCUUAAUGCCUUUGAGCCAAUCAGUUGUGUUGUGACAAGAUAGGGUUGGUAUACAGAAGAUAGCCCUAUUUGGUAAAAGACCAAGUCCAUAUUAUGGCAAGAACAGCUCAAAUAAGCAAAGAGAAACAACAGUCCAUCAUUACUUCAAGACAUGAAGGUCAGUCAAUCCGGAAAAUUUCAAGAACUUUGAAAGUUUCUUCAAGUGCAAUCGCAAUAACCAUUAAGCGAUAUGAUGAAACUGGCUCUCAUGAGGACCACCACAGGAAAGUAAGACCCAAAGUUACCUCUGCUGCAGAGGAUAAGUUCAUUCGAGUUACCAGCCAAGUAACAGACACAUCUCAACAUCAACUGUUCAGAGGAGACUGCUUGAAUCAGGCCUUCAUGGUGUAAUUGCUGUAAAGAAACCACUACUAAAGGACACCAAUAAGAAGAAGAGACCUGCUUGGGCCAAGAAACACGAGCAAUGCACAUUAGACGGGUGGAAAUCUGUCCUUUGGUCUGAUGAGUCAAAAUUUGAGAUUUUUGGUUCCAACCGCCGUGUCUUUGUGAGACGCAGAGUAGGUGAACGGAUGAUCGCUGCAUGUUUGAUUCCCACCGUGAAGCAUGGAGGAGGAGGUGUGAUGGUGCUUUGCUGGUGACACUGUCUGUGAUUAUUUAGAAUUAAAUUAUUUAGCAUGGCUACCACAGCGAUACGCCAUCCCAUCUCGUUUGCGCUUAGUGGGACUAUCAUUUGUUUUUCAACAGGACAAUGACCCAACACACCUCCAGGCUAUGUAAGGGCUAUUUGACCAAGAAGGAGAGUGAUGGAGUGCUGCAUCAGUUGACCUGGCCUCCACAAUCACCCGACCUCAACCCAAUUGAGAUGGUUUAGGAUGAGUUGGACGGCAGAGUGAAGGAAAACCAGCCAACAAGUGCUCAGCAUAUGUGGGAACUCCUUCAAGACUGUUGGAAAAGCAUUCCAGGUGAAGCUGGUUGAGAGAAUGCCAAGAGUGUGCAAAGCUGUCAUCAAGGCAAAGGGUGGCUACUUUGAAGAAUAUCAAAUAUAUUUGAUUUGUUUAACACUUUUUUGGUUACUACCUGAUUCCAUAUGUGUUAUUUCAUAUUUUUGAUGUCUUCACUAUUAUUCAAAAAUAAAGAAAAGCCUUGAAUGAGUAGGUGUAUCCAAACUUUUGACUGGUACUGUAUGUGCUCAUGUGUGACACAUUUAGUAUUCAAAUGUUUAUUACAUAUAUGUCCCUUUAUAUGUCACAAUACAUCUUAACAAUAUGUGUUAACGUAUAUGUUACGGGAGCAUUAUUUCAGUGAUACUUGUAGUCAUGGUAAUAAACCAAACAACAAAAAAUAAAUAAAUAAAUAUGUCAUUUAAUUCCUGUUAUUUUUUCUUCUUCUCAAUCCAGCCAUUUGACUGUUUUAAGACGGUCCCUUUGUUGCACCUUGGGAAGCGCUUCAUGACAGUGUCUUUGUUGCACCUUGGGAAGCGCUUCAUGACAGUGUCUGUGGAGGGAGAGCAACGACUAGAAGAUAACGAACACAUAGAACAGUUAGGGGUUGAGUUUGGGCUCAUAAAUACAAUCAGAUUCAGUUUAAUAAGAAAUCCUUGACCAUUAAUGCCCUAUUUGCAAUGAUUGAUUUGUAAAUUAAUUCAAGGGAUAGUUAACUUUUUUACACCUUAUAGUCAUUCAGAUGGUUCCUUACCCUGAAAGUAGUCUAUGGGCCAGGAGAAACUGUAUUCCAUGGUUCAGAGUGGUUUAAAUAGCCACUACUAACUUGAGGGGAUUCGACCACAAACACUGAACUUUGUCUAAUUGCCCCCAUCACCCCCAUAGUUGUUUUGCUAGCCAUCUGACUAUAAGAUGUAAAAAAGUUAACUAUCCCUUUAAUAUCUUUAAUUCAUUUAAUUGAAAUUGGCCCCAACCCUGUUAUGGGGUAUUCAUGUUUAAAGGGACGCUGAGAGAUUUAGAGAAUUAGGUCAUUUUUCUACUCCCCCAGUCAGAUGAACUCAUGAAUACAAUUUUUAUGUUUCUGCGUGCAGUUUGGAGAUUAUUGAAGUUAGCGUGCCAUGAGUAACUUAUAAGUAAUAUUAUUUUUUAAAUAUCAUGACAAUACCUGCACACUUUGCAAUCAAUUAACAAAAACCUACUCUCCUGUUAUUGUGGUCACUUUUUCUGUCCUUUUUCUCCCCGUCUUCGUCACUUUAAGCUUCUUGUACAAGACUACAGACUACAGACUUUCCCUGUUUCCUCCCCAGAUUGACGAGCUGAAGAGCUGCAUCGAGGAGCGGGAGGAGGAGCUGUCCAGACUAAGAACUGACUCUGUAAGCUUUCAUGAGAAUCUGCUCCAUUUGUUAUCAGUAAAGCUGCCACAAGGCAUUUUAACACUGCUGCUGUAGUCUGAGACAAAAUGGUGUAGUGUGAAAAUCCUUAUGGUGUGUCAGCAUUGAGGUAUAUUUCAAUGGCUUGUUUUUAAACCUAUAGGGAAAUCAUACUGGUAAGGCAACAAGCAGGCAAUAUUGUGGGACCAGUAUUGACAGGUAGAACAUAUCCAUCAUGCUUUAGUAUGAUAUAACUUUUUCAUCAUGCUUUAGUGCUUACUGUAAUCCAUUUUGUUCCUCUUCAGGGAGCCACAGACUCGGAGAAGCGGGUUGUGUGUCUGUCAGCAGAGAACGAGAGUCUGAAACAGAGUCUGACUGUCACCCAGGGCCUCCUGCAGCAGCUCUCUGUCAUCCCCUCCCAGUCCAGCUCUGUACUCAUCAAGGUGAGAGUCAGGCUGAGUCCCAAACGACACCCUAUUCCCUAUACAGUAUAUAUAGAUAUAUACUUUUCACCAGGACCCAUAGGGCUAUGGUCAACAGUAGUACACUAAAUAGGGGAAAGGGUGCUAUUUGGGACGCAGCCCCAGAAGCACUGCUGUCUGUCUGUGAGCUCAUCACUAACAGACGAGGAGCUGUCCCACUAUAUCGGCCAAAACCACAAAUGAUUCUGUGUUUUGAUUUGCUAAUGGUGUCUUUAGAAAUCGCUCUGUCAUUUCCUGGUUGCUAACAUUCUAAUUGUUCGCCUAAUUUCAGUUUAUGUGACAAAACAAGCAGGUAUAGUGUAGAGAAUCAUUGUACCAUCUAAACCGCUGUGAAGUAUCUUUUCCAUAACCAAAAAAUAUUGCAUUUUCAGCUGUUUGAAGCUGGUGUACAAAACCAAAAGUGAAAAAUGCUAAAAUUAAACUUAAGAACGGGAAGCAUAGAAAUAGCGCACAUAGAACAAACAGAUCUACCGCUUCUUAGACUUGCUUUCAAUGAGAAUGACAGAUCUAAAACUGACAUUUCUAUGGGAAUUUGGUCGUGCUCUGUGUCUAACCCUGUAGGAGAAUGUUCUCUCUAAUGGUGCUCUGUCUCCCCCUUUAGGAGAAUGUUCACUCUAACGGUGCUCUGUGUCUCCCCCUGUAGGAGAAUGAGAACCUGCGCAGCCGGGUGCAGCAGCUGGAGAGUUCCCUGCAGCAGCAGGCUGAUCAGCUGUCUUGCCUGGAGAGACAGAGCGAACAAAGCGAGUGGAGGAGAGGAGAGGAGCAGAGGAGAAAAGAGGAGAGAGUGAGGGAGCUGCAGCUAGACCUGGAUAAAGAGAGGGCCAAAGAGCCACAGGUCAAGGUAGGGAUAGUCUGCAAGAGACACCUUACUGUAUAUACAAUACGUUUUCAUUCAAAUGAAGCUGAUAACAGGUUUCUGAUUGUUUGGAAUCAGAAACCGGUCUUGUUGAAUAAAUUGAUUUAUAUUAAAUGAAGUUGUAACCUUCAUUGGUAUUUUCCCUGCCAGAUUGUCACUCAAACUGUGGAGGUGGAGUCACCGGUGACGCUGAGGCAAUUGGCUGAGGCCACAGAGAGGAACGAGCAGCUGUCAGAGAAACUGACCAAUCAGAACGAGAAGUGCAGACAACUUGAGGAGCACAUCAGGAAGUCAGAUGAAUUCAGCUGUAACCUGCAACACAAGGUGAGAACCAAUGAAAAGUCACCUGCAACACAAGGUGAGAACCAAUGAAAAGUCACCUGCAACACAAGGUGAGAACCAAUGAAAAGUCACCUGCAACACAAGGUGAGAACCAAUGAAAGGUCACCUGCGACACCAGGUGAGAACCAAUGAAAAGUCACUGUAUUGGUUUGAAUGUCCUCAGAAAAAGGUGAAUAUGUUGCGUGAAAUAUUCAUGAAGAAAUAUUACAUUCCUGAGAAAACUGUAUUCUACUUCAAAGUUCACGAUGAUGAGAUUUAACAGUUCAAUUAUUAACAAAUGAAGAAACUAAAGAGUAUUAUACUAACCUCCAUUCCUACCAAGCUAUUGUCUGCAUCCCAUAUGGCACCCUAUUCCAUAUAUCACGUACUACUUUAGACCAGGGCCCAUGUUGGCCAGAGCCCAAUGGGCCCUGGUCUAAAGUAGUACACUAAAUAGGGAAUAGGUUGGGAUGCAUACAAUUCAUGAACCUCAUCAUCAUAUGCUGAAUGUGAAAAUGUGAAUGUGACUGCCUCUCCCAGAUUGCAGCGUACGAGCGGGAGAUCAGUGUACUGCAGGAGGAGCUGCUGAAGGAGAUAGGUCACCUGGAGGAGAAGAAGGAGGAGGCUGUGAAGGCUGCAGCGACCUGCUCCGUAGAACACUUCCAGAGCCUGCAGGACCAGUUCUUUAGUGAGUCCCAUCUAAUACAACCUUCAGAAGCUUCUACAGGCUGUGCUACACAUACAGUGGGGAGAACAAGUAUUUGAUACACUGCCGAUUUUGCAGGUUUUCCUACUUACAAAGCAUGUAGAGGUCUGUAAUUUUUAUCAUAGGUACACUUCAACUGUGAGAGACGGAAUCUAAAACAAAAAUCCAGAAGAUCACAUUGUAUGAUUUUUAAGUAAUUAAUUUGCAUUUUAUUGCAUGACAUAAGUAUUUGAUCACCUACCAACCAGUAAGAAUUCCGGCUCUCACAGACCUGUUAGUUUUUCUUUAAGAAGCCCUUCUGUUCUCUACUCAUUACCUGUAUUAACUGCACCUGUUUGAACUCGUUACCUGUAUAAAAGACACCUGUCCACACACUCAAUCAAACAGACUCCAACCUCUCCACAAUGGCCAAGACCAGAGAGCUGUGUAAGGACAUCAGGGAUAAAAUUGUAGACCUGCACAAGGCUGGGAUGGGCUACAGGACAAUAGGCAAGCAACUUGGUGAGAAGGCAACAACUGUUGGCGCAAUUAUUAGAAAAUGGAAGAAGUUCAAGAUGACGGUCAAUCACCCUCGGUCUGGGGCUCCAUGCAAGAUCUCACCUCGUGGGGCAUCAAUGAUCAUGAGGAAGGUGAGGGAUCAGCCCAGAACUACACGGUAGGACCUGGUCAAUGACCUGAAGAGAGCUGGGACCACAGUCUCAAAGAAAACCAUUAGUAACACACUACGCCGUCAUGGAUUAAAAUCCUGCAGCGCACGCAAGGUCCCCCUGCUCAAGCCAGCGCAUGUCCAGGCCCGUCUGAAGUUUGCCAAUGACCAUCUGGAUGAUCCAGAGGAGGAAUGGGAGAAGGUCAUGUGGUCUGAUGAGACAAAAAUAGAGCUUUUUGGUCUAAACCCCACUCACCGUGUUUGGAGGAAGAAGAAGGAUGGGUACAACCCCAAGAACACCAUCCCAACCAUGAAGCAUGGAGGUGGAAACAUCAUUCUUUGGGGAUGCUUUUCUGCAAAGGGGACAGGACAACUGCACCGUAUUGAGGGGAGGAUAGAUGGGGCCAUGUAUCGCGAGAUCUUGGCCAACAACCUCCUUCCCUCAGUAAGAGCAUUGAAGAUGGGUCGUGGCUGGGUCUUCCAGCAUGACAACGACCCGAAACACACAGCCAGGGCAACUAAGGAGUGGCUCCGUAAGAAGCAUCUCAAGGUCCUGGAGUGGCCUAGCCAGUCUCCAGACCUGAAUAAAUAGAAAAUCUUUGGAGGGAGCUGAAAGUCCGUAUUGCCCAGCGACAGCCCCGAAACCUGAAGGAUCUGGAGAAGGUCUGUAUGGAGGAGUGGGCCAAAAUCCCUGCUGCAGUGUGUGCAAACCUGGUCAAGACCUACAGGAAACAUAUGAUCUCUGUAAUUGCAAACAAAGGUUUCUGUACCAAAUAUUAAGUUCUGCUUUUCUGAUGUAUCAAAUACUUAUGUCACGCAAUAAAAUGCAAAUUAAUUACUUAAAAAUCAUACAAUGUGAUUUUCUGGAUUUUUGUUUUAGCAUUGUCGAAAUCAAAACCAAACCCUCAAGUCAUGAUGAACUCACUUACAAAACUCAGUUUUGUACAAGGCUGACUUUGACAAAAAUUAUCCUAUUUACACUUGAGUAGAUUUUGACACUAGAAUCUUUCUACUAUCGAUGCCACAUAGGACAUUUUGUAUCAAAUAAGUUGUUUAUUGCCUUCAGUUGCGCUUUAAUUGUUAUACCAGGAGGGGUUCAUGGAAGCCUUCUCGCCUGGCAAGAAGCAGAGCUCUUCAGAAAAUAUGAUGUAUCAAAUACUUAUGUCAUGCAAUGAAAUGCAAAUUAAUUACUUAAAAAUCAUACAAUGUGAUUUUCUGGAUUUUUGUUUUAGAUUCCGUCUCUCACAGUUGAAGUGUACCUAUGAUAAAAAUUACAGACCUCUACAUGCUUUGUAAGUAGGAAACACUGCCGAUUUUGCAGGUUAUCAAAUACUUGUUCUCCCCACUGUAUAUGCUAUGAUGGGCUUGUCGAAUCUGGGUGCGGUUGAUUCAUAGAAUAUUGUGUUUCAUGCUCAUCACCAUUGAGCAAGCUGUGACAGUCUCUCUCUCUGUGUGUGUGUGUCCUAUGGCAGACCUGCAGAAGCGUCUGACAGCGCUCCCUCCGACCCUGCGCACCAUGAAGACAGACUACGCCAGCCUGAGGAGCCAGGUCCGCAACUUCUCCGACUUCUACGGAGCAGCCAUCACCGAUGCCAAGAAACAGGUCCCACAAAACACUGCUGCUGGAUUAACAAGCAUUGUUUAAAGUCAAAUCAAAUCAAACUUUAUUUAAAGCGCGUUUAAAACCACAAAACAGUAAAUCAAUAAAAUGAAGGAGAUUAAAAAAAAACAGAAGGCAAUAAAAGAGAUGAAUAAAAGAACAUGGAAGAAAAAAUGAUGUUUAAAGUAACAGUAAAGAUAGAACACUGAUUAAAGGCCAAGCUCAAAAGGUGUGGUAUGUAUUUACCGUUUUCCUAUGGUCUGUCUGUGUAGAUAUCAGCCACUAUGAGUGAGAUGUCGGAGGCCAACAAGGACCUCCUGGAGAAGUACAGGAAGGAGGUGGCACUGCGGAGGAAGUACCACGAGCAGCUGGUCGAGCUCAAAGGUACGGUGAAACAAAGUCCGGAUGAAGGAAAGAAGACUGGAGGAGGAAGCCUAUUUAUUCUAUUGGGGGAAAAAACAUUAUAUAUGAGGUUGUAUCAUUAUUAAAUAAACUGUCAUUGUUGCUAGGCAACAUCCGUGUGCUGUGCCGUGUGAAGCCGGUUCUGAAGGAGGACCAGCAUGAGGAGGGCCAAUCGGUGGUGGUAACUACUGACCCCAAUAACGAAUCAGCUCUCUCCGUGCUGAAAGGGCAGGGCCGCAGCCACAACUUUGAACUGGACCGUGUCUUCCACCCUCAGGCCACUCAGGAAGAGGUACUGAGAAACUCCGCCUCCAUUACGAGACACAGUGCUGUCACUUCUCUAUCUAUUUAAAUGAGUGGACGCCAUGAUGGUAUUCCAGUUUCUGUGGUGUGACUCAAAAACAGCAGUGACUGUGAACGAUACACACUUGCUAACCUUUGGCUUUCUAUUGUGUCUAAGGUCUUCCAGGAGAUCGAGCCCCUUGUGACAUCCUGUAUAGAUGGAUAUCACGUCUGCAUCUUUGCCUACGGGCAGACUGGCUCUGGGAAGACCUACACCAUGGAGGUAUGUUGUAGCACUGCGUAAUGUAAUGUAUGGUUUAUACAUGUGUUCUUAAGUCCUAAGCCUUCAUAUAAAGUGUUACCACAGAUUGUAAUGAGAAAGAAGGCUGAAUAUUUGAUAAAAAAUUACUCAUUGUAUCAAAAUCUCCAUAAUUUGUUGUUGUCAGGGCAGCACAGAGAACCCAGGCAUCAAUCAGCGUGCUCUGAAACACCUGUUCAGUGAGAUAGAGGACAGGAAGGACAUGUGGACGUACACCGUGAGUGUCAGCUCUGUGGAGAUCUACAACGAGGUGCUCAGGUACCUUCCCUCUCAAUGGCUGGCAGAAAAAUAUCCAGCGUUUAGAAGUGGUGAUAUGUUUUAUUAUUCAUUAUUCAAAUCUUCUGUUUUUUAUUAGUGCUACUAUAUUGUUUUAUAGUAAUAAACAAGGUCUAGGAGUUAAAUAUAUGAAAAGUGCUUUAAGUUAGGAUUAGAGAUAAACUGAGAAUAGAGCUACUUUCUAACUCUGAAUCUGACUAACCUGUUCCUGUUCUGUCCCCAGAGACCUGCUGAGUAAGGAUGGAGAGAAGCUGGAUAUUAAGAUCAACCCAGACGGGACAGGACAGCUGCACGUCCCUGGACUCAGGGUCAUCGAGGUCAAGAGCUUCCAACACAUCAAGAAAGUGAGGAGACUCACAUACAUUUUUCUUAGGGUGAAAGUCUUGGUAACUUUCAAAGUCCUGGUAACUUUCCCAAAAUUCCAGGGAUUUCCUGCUGAUUGGUGGAAUCUUCCAACCAUGAUUUCUGGAAAACCUCAGAAUGCUGGGAAAGUUACAUUUACGUCAUUUAGCAGACGCUCUUAUCCAGAGCGACUUAGUUAGUGCAUACAUUAUUCUUUUUUUUCUUCAUACUGGCCCCCGUGGGAAUCGAACCCACAACCCUGGCGUUGCAAACGCCAUGCUCUACCAACUGAGCUACCUCCCUGCCGGCCAUUCCCUCCCCUACCCUGGACAACGCUGGGCCAAUUGUGCGCCGCCCCAUUGGUCUACAGAGCCUGGAUUCGAACCAGGAUCUCUAGUGGCACAGCUAGCACUGCGAUGCAGUGCCUUAGACCACUGCGCCACUCGGGAGUUACCGUACACUUUUUUCAGUGAGACUGAUUUCUCCAACUAUAUUAAUAUAUAUUUUCCUUGACUUUUCGCCUUGACCUUAAUAAUAAUUGAAUAUACUGUAUAUGCCAUUUAAUAGACGCUUUUAUCCAAAGCAAUUUACAGUCAUCCGGCAUACAUUUGUUGUAUAGGUGGCCCAGGGAAUAGAACCCAAAAUCCUGGCGUUGCAAGCGCUAUGCUCUACCAACUGAGCCAUAUAUCUCCAUUAGAACCCUAAUGGUUAAUUUACUGUAAUGUAUACCAUCAUAUGAAAGUAUGCCAAGUGCAAGUUUCCUAAAAUUCCACACCACAUUUUCAUGAACUCUGUCACUGUUCCUGUGCAGCUUCUGGCGCAGGCGCGUCGUAACAGAAUCACCUUCGGGACCCAGAUGAACCAGCACAGCUCUCGUUCCCAUGCCCUUCUCAUGAUCACUGUGCUGGGGACUGACCUGGCCAGCGGGGCCAAGAUCACAGGUACGUAACACACACCUUAGAGACUGGACACAGUCACAACUAACUGUUAUAAGCAGCAGGUGGCAGCCCUAUCGCCUCUUACCAGAACAGCAGCUGUCAUUUUCUGUUAAUUUCCCGGCGAUUCUACGUGCGGAAUCGCAACUGCUCAUCGACACCCGCUACUUUUCAAGGUGUGUUUUGUCCGGGAUGCGCAACUCAUUUGGCAAGUGGGUCGGUUCCAGAUAUUGACACGAUUCAAGGGACCAGAAAAUGUUCCGUUAACGACGCACGGGCGAUGUUUUUGUGACAUCUGCAGGCAAGUUGAACCUGGUAGACUUGGCUGGCUCUGAGAGGGUCUGGAAGUCAGGAGCUGAGGGAGAGAGGCUGAAGGAGGCCCAGAACAUCAACCGCUCCCUGCUGGCUCUGGGGGACGUCAUCCAGGCUCUGAGGGGGAAGGAGAAACACAUCCCCUUCAGAAACAGUCGCCUCACAUACCUGCUGCAGGACUCACUGGGCAAGGGCAACAAGACGGCCAUGGUAGUGCAGGUAGGGACACACACAACAGUACAUCUGAUACACACAGAUUAUAAUGUCUGUAUAUCCAUCUAUAUGUACACUCAUAGGGCUGGCUUCCCGGACAUUAAGCCUGAUCCUGGACUAUAAAGCAUUCUGAAUGGAGAAGUCCAUACUGUGUUUAGCCUACACAUUACAAGACAACUAGGCUAUGGUGGUGCAGCCAGGUAUACACAGCAUAGAGUACAGUACAUCAAACACACUGAUUACACUGUCAUGUUUGUCUGGAAGUGUCUUCUAUCUGAUCCUCUGGUCCUCCUCCAGGUGUCUGCUCUGGAGAGUAAUGUGGGAGAGACCAUGUGUUCUCUGAAGUUUGCUGAGAGGGUUUGUAAGGUGGAGCUGGGGCCUGCAGCCAGGAAGAUACAGAGAGGAGGGGGAAGCCAUCAGUGUGACUAGAACUCCACUCCCUGAAAUCAUCCAACUUCCUGUUCCCAUGGACAAUGAGGACUACAGGGACUCAACAGACACACAGCCAACCAAAUACAUCAACAAGCAAUAACAACAACAAGCAACUGCUCUCGCCAGUCAGUCAAUCUAUCAGUCUGUCUAUCAGUCAGCCAGUCUCAGUCUAUCAGUCAGCCUGUCUAUCAGUCAGCCUGUCUAUCAGUCAGCCAGUCAGUCAAUCUAUCAGUCUGUCUAUCAGUCAGCCAGUCUAUCAGUAUAAAAGCUACCAGGUGUGUAUUCAUUGAGAUGAAAUAGAGAAUAUUGCAGAUUCUCUAGUCUACUGAUCAUAAUGUAUGUUCAUGUCAUGCACAGGAGGUUGGUGGCACCU